UGUGUGACAUCACUCCCAUUUGCUUCACUUGAAACCAGAAGCAAGGUUUAGGGUUUGGGGAACAAGUCCAGGAAGCUGCGUCUUCUGAUAAGACAGAUAAAGCGAAUGUAGUUUGAAACAAAUCAACGUUUAGGGGGUUUAUAUUAGAAAUAGAGGUUAGGUUUGGCGUCCGAUUUGUUCUUCGUCCUCUUUUGGACCCGACUCGGCUUGAAUCGUGGGUGCUCACACACACCCUUACACCCCUGACAUGGCGGGUCUCCGAGGUCUGAUGAUCUUGCUGGUCCUGAUGGUUGGUUUGGCUUGCUGUGAAGAGAGCAAAACCACCUCACCUCCACACACUGGCGCAGGUUCUCUUACACCUGUUGCUACCUCACCUCCAAGCAUCCCAGCAGCACCAACUGUUGCAACCUCCAAACCUUCCCCCUUUAUCAAACCCACACUCACCUCUCUAUCCGCCACCUCAAAUCCUCCAAGCUCUUCAACCAAAACAAUUGUCGGUACCACACCUCCAAGCAUCUCAAAAGAGAUUUCAGCCACCAAGCAACCAUCCUCUCAGACAAACCCCUCACCUGCAAACAUCUCAAAUGAGACUUCAAUCACCAACCAGUCAUCUUCUCAGACAACUCCCUCACCUGCAAACAUCUCAAAUGAGACUUCAAUCACCAACCAGUCACUUUCUCAGACAACUCCCUCACCUCAUCCAAGCACAACCAAGACUGCCACCACAGCUGAACCCACAACAGAUCCAAAGUGUUCCUACAGUGUUGAGAAUGUCGAGUUUGGCCUAAAGAUAAAGAUGACAGAUUCCACUCCUGGUGACUACAUCAUAUAUGUUGCUGAGGUCGGAGGUCCAUUUGAAAGAAAAAAUAAUUUUUCCUCCACCAGUAAAAACUCAACUCAUGAGAUGAAACUUCUGAAGCCGUGCACUGAAUAUGAGCUAAAUGUCACAUUUAGUGGCUCCAAUGGUACAGAAAUAUCCUGCAACAAAACUGAAAAUAAAACAACAACAAAAACAACUGGAAUGACUAAAGAAGAAAUUAAAAACGGUUCCUGCUCUCCUGGAUAUUUCUGUUACCGAAGUCAUUGGAACAUCAGCAAAUUACUAUCAGAAAACAACAAGGUUUCAAUUGAAGACUUUGACAAUGGAUCAUAUCGUUUCAAACAUGCUUAUGACGACAUGUGUUCAGAUUUAGUUUUGAAGUUCCCUACAAAAAACUGCUCAAACGCCACAUUUACCAUAUCUGAAAACUUCAAUGUUGAUUUUAUUAAUCCAAAUGACAUAAACCAGAUUAAACCUGAUAAACUUCCUGCAAAGAUAAACACAAAAUUACCUUCAAGCUGUAAAGAUCUCAGUGUUGAGUAUAAAUGUUCAGGAAUCAACAAUGAAUCUGUUGAACUUUCUGACAUGAAGCCGUUCACAGACUACAGCUGUACUGGUGACAUCAAGAUGAACAAUGGCUCCAUAAAUAAGACACUUCCACCUGUCCAGUUCAACAUUGACUGUGAUUUUACAGCAAACAACCUGAAGACCAGUUCAACCAGUACUUCCAUUGAGCUAAACUGGGAAACGAUGAGUGAUAAUUGUCAAAAUGUUCUCAACAAACUGGAUGAUCUCUCUUAUCACUGCAGCUGUCAGCAAGAGAAAGGUGAUGGAGGAUAUUUUACAAUGGAACAAAGAAUUAUUACUCGACCUAAAGGAACAACGUGUGUCUUCACCAGAGGAAUUAAACCAUUCAGGGUUUACAGUUGUGAAGUUCAUUCCAGCUACACUGGACGAGGUGGUUUUAGAGAAACAAGUGUUACAGAGAAGACUAAGUCUGGAAUACCAAAACAACCUCAUAAUGUUGUCGUGACAGUUCCAGAGAACAAUAAGAUCGAAGUGACAUGUUCAUUAAAUGACAUGGAUUUUAAUGGACCAGACAGAAUAUUCAGUGCACAACUUCAAGGUGUUACUGGCAGCAGAAAGAACAGCAAAACAUGUCAAUUUAAAUUUGAAGAUCUGAGCUACUUAAAAACCUACAGAGUGGAGGUGUUUACUUUCAACGGAGAUUUUACCAGCUCACCUGUGCAACAACAGGCUGACACUAAAUAUAAUGACAAAGCUCUUAUUGGAUUUCUGGUUUUCCUCAUCAUCAUCACCUCUGUGGCUCUUCUUCUGGUCCUCUAUAAGAUCUACGUGUUGAAAAACAGAAAGUCCCAUGAUCUGACUGAAAACAUGUCACUAAUUGCCCAAGGAAAUGAUGAAGAUAGUUUGAUGCCUGUUGAACCGAUUCCAGCAGAACUCCUGCUGGAAACCUAUAAAAGGAAGCUAGCAGAUGAAGGGAGGCUUUUCCUGGGGGAAUUUCAGAGCAUUCCCAGAAUCUUCUCAAGAUACGUAGUGAAAGAAGCUAAGAAGGCCUGCAACGCCCCAAAGAACCGCUAUGUGGACAUCCUGCCAUAUGAUUACAACCGCGUCCAACUGGCCACAGGAAACGGAGAAGCAGGAUGUGACUAUAUUAACGCCAGCUUCAUUGACGGAUACAAGGAGCCAAAAAAAUACAUCGCAGCUCAAGGACCAAAGGACGAAACUGUGAGCGAUUUCUGGAGGAUGGUCUGGGAGCAGCAGUCGUCCAUUAUUGUCAUGGUGACCCGCUGUGAAGAAGGAAACAGGAUCAAGUGUGCCCAGUACUGGCCUUCUCUUGAUCGAGAGACUGAGAUCUACGAGGAGUUCAUAGUGAAGCUGACCUCAGAAGAACAUUGCCCAGAUUACACCAUCCGCCAUCUGAGCCUGACUAACAAGAGAGAGAAGAACCUGGAGAGGGAAGUGACUCACAUCCAGUUCAUGAGCUGGCCCGACCACGGCGUCCCAGGAGAACCGCACCUCCUCCUGAAACUGAGGCGGCGGGUCAAUGCUUUCAAGAAUGUCUUCAGCGGCCCCAUCGUUGUUCACUGCAGCGCUGGAGUCGGCAGAACCGGCACCUACAUCGGCAUCGAUGCCAUGAUGGAGGGUCUGGAAGCCGAGGGCAGGAUGGACAUUUACGGAUACGUUGUCCAACUUCGAAGACAAAGAUGCCUCAUGGUCCAAGUGGAGGCCCAGUACAUCCUGAUCCAUCAGGCUUUACUGGAGCACAACCAGUUUGGAGAGACAGAGAUCGCUCUGUCGGAGCUGCACAGCAUGCUGAACACGCUCAAACAGAAGAACUCCGACAGCGAACCCACGCUUAUGGAGGAAGAGUUUGAGCGACUCCCUUCUUUUAAAAACUGGAGGACCUGUAAUAUAGGGAUGACAGAAGAAAACAAGAAGAUGAAUCGCUCUUCAUCUGUUAUCCCAUAUGAUUACAACCGAGUGUUACUGAGGACAGGAGAAGACAACAGUCAGGACAGCGAAGUUGAUGAUGAAGAACCGGAGGACUCGUCGGAUGAAGAAGACGAAGACUCCAUUAGAUACAUCAAUGCCUCCCACAUUAAUGGUUACUGGGGAUCUCGUUCUCUGAUCACAGCCCAGGAUCCACUGCCAGUCUCCUUCACCGACUUCUGGUCGAUGGUUCACCAGAAGAAAUUAUCCACUAUUGUCAUGCUUUCAGAGCACAAAGAGGAUGGUGAACCUCUGUACUGGAGAAAAGAAAAGGAGACGUUUGGAGAUUUUGAGGUAGAAGUUUCAAGUACAGAAAUUACUCCAGUUUUCAUCACCCGCACCAUGCUGGUCCGACAUGUCAAGCGAAAAGAUAGUCGGCAGGUGAAACAUUUCCAGUUCCUGAAGUGGGAGGGCACAGGUCUGCCAGAGAAACCGCAGGAACUCGUAGAUGUGGCAAAGGAAGUAAAACGCAGCUGCGUCGGCAGCAAAUCCCAGAGGAUGCCGAUUCUCGUCCACUGCAAUGACGGAUCGACACGUUCGGGAAUUUUCUGUGGUCUGUGGAAUCUGCUGGACAGCGCUGAGACUGAGAAGCUGGUUGAUGUUUUCCAAGUGGUCAAAACUUUACGCAAGGACAGGAAGGGGAUGAUCACCAGCCUGGAGCAGUACCAGUUCCUUUACAAGGCUCUAGAGGGCGCCUUCCCCGUCCAGAAUGGGGAAGUAAAGAGUGCAGCCGUCGCCAGUGUUGAAAUUGUUAACGAAACCAAAGCCGGAGAAGCAGAAAAGCAGCCAGAAGAGAAGAAGGCUGAGGAGCCAGCCAGCACUACCAGCAGCAACCAGCAGGCGGAGGCAGAGAGCACUCCUCUGGUGGCUGAGAGUGAAAAGGAAAAGAAAGAAGAGGAACCCGCAAAGGAGUCCACACCACAGGAGGAAUCCAGCAACGGCCCCACAGUCACUGUGGAGGUCUGAGAUGAUGAGGGGACACAUUUAUUCCUGAGUCUUUAAUACUUCAGUUUUAUGCUUUUAUAAAAAAUAAAUAAAUAAAAAAAUACAUUAUGAAUGUAUAAACAGUGUAAAGAUUUUACUCAGUAUGAGAUGGAGAGUGAAAAUUAGAAAGAAUUAGAUUAAAUAUUGAUGCUUACUUCCAUAUUUUGAACUUCUAUAAGUUAUAAAGUUUCUAAGUAAAAGGUUAUUUUUCCUGCUGGGAAAGGUAAUAGAACUGCUGUUGUCAAACUAUGGAUCAAGAUGAAGUUUAAAUACACAUUAGAUUAGCUUUUUUGUUUGGUACUCUAAGUUUGUGUAAGGUUAAAUUUUGUUUAUAUUUUAGUUUCUCGCUAUUUUCACACACUGCAGUCUACCUUUACAUAUUGUACAUCUGGCAUAUCGUAAUAAUUUAGCUGUCAAGUUCAAAUUUCAUUAUUUACUACUGUAUUUCCUUUCUGAAAUACAAUGAAAAAUGUUUUAUUUAUGCAGACUUGCUUAUUAUUAUAGUACUAAUGAUUUCCAAAACAUAUUUUCCACUUUUUCUCAAAGGGACAUGUUUAAUUAUUUCUCAUUUCUGUGCUAUACUGAAAAAAUUGUUAUAUUCUUUCUGCCAGCAGAAAUAAACAAUAUUUUAUUAAAAUCC